UUUAUGUGUUUCAAACCAAAAAUAACUCCCACGUAUUCAUUUUUUUCGUCCUCGUGUCAACUACUUCUCUACCUUCAUCUCUCAUCAAACAUCAAUGUCUGUCACUGUUUUGCAUAAUCCACUUUCCAGAAAUAAGUAUAACUUCCACUUUUCCUUCUUUGUUACGCCAAAACCAUCCCUUUGAAUUAGUAUAACUUCAAUUGAUAUUCAUUCGUUUGUUUCCAGAUUUUCAUCUAUUCAAUUUCUCUUUAUCGGAGAAGUUUGCCUAAUGAUAAUUUGAGCAAAUUGCUUUUCGAUGGUGUAAAUAAUGAUUUCAUUAUCGGAGAAAUUGAUUCUGUUUUUAGAUCGCAUUUCAACAGUGUAAGCGAUUCACGGAUGCUAUUAUUACCAGAAAAAUGCAGCAAAUUUCGGCGACUCGAAGGCGCGCUUAUCUCAGCGCUCUCUCUCAAGAAAUCCAGAAAAAGCUUCAACGAGCAGAAACAAAUCCUGCGCAGCGGCGAAAUUUAUUGCAGGAGUUAUUUGCUGAUAUAGCUUUGGAAGUUGAUGAUCGUGCGAAAGAUAUAAUUCUCAGCAGGGGUUCAGAUGCCAUAGCUCCUGUAGAUGAGGGCUUUGAAGAUCAGCUGUGCUUCUAUGAUGUGCUUUCUGUUCAUUUUGUCCAGGUUCCAGAAGAUGGGCAACCUAUUCUUGACCUGAUUGUGAAGCUGUGGAGCCAAUCAUUUGCCUCUCAUAUAUUUGUCCUUCUGUUCCACAAAUGGCUAUUUGAAGUUGAAAUUGAAGACUCUGAGAAGCUUCUUCGUUAUUCAUCUGCUCUUGUUCAGGGUUCUGCAAAUGUUUUUUGGAUCGAUAUCCAGACGAACACAAGACGUUUCCAGUCUCUCUUUCGUUAUCUUCUCGAGGAUAUCACAUUGGACCGGUCACGGCUAACUAAGCUUGGUCUGCAGGCUCAGCGAGAUCUGUUCCUUCUGCUGUCUAGGACUAUUUUCUUUUAUAAUGCAGUUGAGAAGCUUGGUGACUUUCUGAACAGUUUUCCUCCUUUUCCAAAUUCUUUCCUGGUUGGUGGUCCAGCCGACAUGUUUGUGAUUGAGCUCACAGAUCAGCUUCAGAAGUUGAAGGUGGAACCUGUUUUGCUGCAUUACUUAUCACAAAUUAAGGUUCUCCAAGGUUUGGAGCUCAGGAUGACUACUAGUACACGGCUGAAGACUUGCUUGUACAGCUUUACUUCUCCGGGAGGUCCAAUGUAUCCUACAAGAGCUGUUCGCCAUGCUGCUAGGAAUGCUUUAGAUGCACUUUUUCCUGUGGGGCAAUAUCCUCGGCAUCUAAUCAGCCUAUUCUUCCGGUUGUUGUAUCCAUGGUAUUGGCCAUCUUCUUGUUGGUAUUUUGUAAUGUCUUGCGUAAAAGCUUUGUUUUAUUCCUUGAUAGGGUUGAUAGUCUCAAGCUGGGAGGGAAUAAGGGGGCACAAGAUGUCCAAGAGAGAUAUGUUGUAGUUCUUUUUUACCGAAAAACUCUGAAAGAAAUUGUUUGAACUCUUUUUCUUCACUUUUUGAAUUUUUAAUGUUCUAACAGAAAUUUUCUCAUGUACAUUCAGCUUUGUAAAGUGGAUUUCCGAUUCAGUGUGUAAUGGAUAUUAGACACCUUGUAUUUGAUGCUACAUCAAAUGUCUUCGUAUUAAGAUGUAUCAAAUAAGAUUUUAUUAGAUUAUUUGUAUCAUAAGAAGUGAUUACAAUUGAUAAAUCGUGUUUUCUAUGCAACUGAUUUGAGUGUAAGUUGUAUUUCAUGUAAAUUUUACUGAACAUAGCUGUAUACCCACAUGGCACAUAGAUAGGAAGUUUACUUGGGAAUGGUAUGUUUCACAACAAUUAAACACCACAUGGCACAUAGAUGGGAAGUUUACUUGGGAAUGGUAUGUUUCACAACAAUUAAACAACACUUGCGUACAACAGAACAACAAUAUUAGGGCUUUAAUCCCAAAAGAUUAGAGUCGGCAACUUGAAUUAAUAUAUUAGUUUCAAUGGUCGUCUACA